GCGCCGGGCCCGCCGUCCAUGGCUGGGAGCGAGGAGCGGCCAUGUUUUAAUGCUGAGAUGACAAAUACAGGAUAAAAUGCCCAGCUGUGAGCCCAAGACACGGUUCAUACCAGCCACGUGUGCUUGGACGCUUCUACUAGCAUGCACCACUCUUUUCUUCGUCUAUCCAUGUACUUCUCUGUACUUCAGAUGGGGCAUCUACGUCCCAGUGUAUCAGGGUGUUGUCACACUCUUUGUGGUGCUCAAUUUCUCUUUAGCCACGUUUAUGGAUCCUGGAGUUAUACCAAAAGCCUCAACAGACGAGGACCGGGAUGACGACUUCCGAGCGCCACUUUACAAGAAUGUAGAGAUAAAUGGCAUCACAGUACGCAUGAAGUGGUGCGUAACGUGUCAUUUUUACCGGCCCCCACGUUGCUCACAUUGCUCAGUCUGCAACCACUGCAUUGAGACUUUUGACCAUCACUGCCCGUGGGUCAACAAUUGCAUAGGUCGAAGGAACUACCGCUAUUUCUUCAUGUUUCUGUGUUCACUCAGCAUCCAUAUGAUCUCCAUCUUUGCAUUUUGUCUUGUCCAUGUCCUUGAUAGAAAAGAUAACCUCACUGAAGUCAAGACUAUUAUAAGAUUGACUAACAAUCCUGCUGAGUCAAUGGUCAUAAGUAUGGUGGUGAUGGGAGUCAUUGCCUUGCUCCUCAUCCCCAUCCUGGGCCUGACGGGGUUCCACAUGGUGCUGGUGAGCCGCGGCCGCACCACCAAUGAGCAGGUCACCGGCAAGUUCCGCGGAGGCUACAACCCCUUCUCCCGUGGGUGCUGCCGGAACUGCUGCUUCAUCCUGUGUGGACCCCAGUAUCCUAGCAUAAAGAGGCCUGCCAAGUACAUAGGGAGAUACAAGUUCAAGCCGUCAUCCAGUCCGCAGGCCCCUGUCUCCACCAUCACCAGCCAAAGCCAAGUUCGUGUCUACAUGGACAAUGGCGUGCAGGCUCCCAACUCCACUGCCUACAGUCAAGAUACGGCAGGCUUGAUUGCUCAGGAUAACAUGGUGGCUGUGCCUCACCCUGAUCCCAGCAGCAGGUGGCUGCAAACCACCGUAUAGCCUUGCUUCCCUCGUUAGUGCUCGACCCGUACUCCAUCUGGGCAUAUCUGGCAAUCUACAGCCUGAUGCACCACCGCCACACCAUCACCCUGCCUAUCACCACCACCAUCACCAUCCUCAGUAUGUGGAUUCCCCCCGCAAGGCUAAUGCAAGUCAGCAGGUUACAAGGCCACCGCGAUCGCCCCAUUCGUCAAGACCUCGGAGAAAACCGCUACCUUGGAAUAACCCCUGCCCCAUCAUUCCCAGGAAAUCAUCAGUCAGUUACCACAGGUCAGUGAAUACUGACUGCCAGCUUUACUUUGGACAAAAUCAAUUGUGACCCCUCACUAUAUAGUGUUGAAGACCCAAGCAAGAUUAUUUACUACUUUGCAGUACAGUGUUCUCCCAAUUUAGCACAAACAGAUUUAUACCAAGAAGUCCAUAGUGGUCCCUGCAUAAAUACUUGCAUCUCUCAGGACAAGUCAACAGUAGCUUGAAGGUCCCUCCAAUUUACACUUAACAGGAUAGUUGAAUAAGACAACUUUUGAAAAAAAUAUGAUCAAAAUAACAUGAGUUGCGACAGUAAUAAUAAUAAUAAUUUUAAAAAUUGCAUAAUCAAUAAUGAAAAUUAGCAUACUUACUUUUCAAGAUUGUGUACUCACCAGCAUAACUGUAAAGAGCUUGUGUUGGGCAGUGUAGGUCAUGCAAGACUUAAUUUAAUGAACUUUGAGAUGACACUUUGCAAAUCUAUGAUUGAAAGUCCUUUGCAAUUAGUCAGCAUCAAAUAGCAUUGGCCGCCUAAAACUUACAAUUCAGUCAGAAACUGAAGAAAGUUUUGAAAUAUAAUUUUGGACUCCCUGAAACAGUAUUCUCAUAUAUAAACUUUCACAUUUUAUCGGGGGAUACUGUGAGGUCUGUUAUGGGAGUGGCUAAAAGUUUUCCCUUACUUUGUGCCUCUUCAUUCAAGAAUACGUAACUAAGAUAUGUACAUAUUUUAUAUUUUCAGAUGCAAUUGUCAAAGUAAAAAGGAAAAAAAAGCUUUUUUGGUAAUAUAAUGAUGUACUAUAUUGGUAUUGUUUGUCAAGUGCUUACCAGACUUAGUUAUUUUCUUUUGAAAUAACUUUAUAUCCAAAGCCCCUUAUUUGGUGUACUAUUUUUAUGUUAAGUUGGGAGGUUACUGUACUCUUCACAUAGCCCUGUCCACCAAAGAUGCCAAAAUAUUUCAUUAGGGUUUAUGAAUGGUUCCAGAACACAAGUUUAUGUGAAUACAUUGUAUUGGGAAAACUAAUUUGGAUUUAGAAGUUGAGAGUGAACUGCUAUUUUCAUAACAGAAAAAAGACAAUUAGUAAAAAAGAAAAAAAUCCACUAAAUAUAUCAGUUCCUUAUUGUUUUAUAAUAGUGUAUACACAACAUUGUUUCUGAAGUCCUUACUCUGUGGUUCCUUCAGUACUAGUUCUGCUUUCAUUGGUGCUGUAGUCCAGAUGGAGUUCUGUCUAUAGAUUUUGUUACAGAAGUUAUACCAAAGUAUCAAAAACUUCCAAACCACCACCUCCAUAUACAUCUCUUAAUGCCAUGCUCUCUUAUGGGAACCUCCUUCAAGGGGGUGGCCACAGAAGCAGCAAUUCUUUUUAGUGAAAUACCUUUUCUUAAAUUCCAAAUGCUGACAUAAUUUGCCCAUGAUAUAUACUUUCCAUUUUUUUUUUUCUUUUUAAAUAGAAUGACAUUAAUUUAAUAACUGACUACUGCAGUAUAUUAUCCUCUGUCUUGUAUUUUCCCAGUAUUGUCAUGUUUAUUGUAGUUAUUGUACUAUUUUUUUAAUAUGUAAUACUUGCACAUUGGCAAAAUUAGCAUCUGGCAAAGAAUAGUUCAAAUCAUGCCUUGAGACAACAAAUUUAGGUGUCCGCUCAUUCUGAUUGGAGUAACAAAUCAACCAACAUUGGAGGCAGGUACAUGGGGGCAUGUUGAACACCAUACCUGAUAAUGGUGACAAAUCUUAGGAAAAACACUAUGGCUAGUUACCUUUUUAUUAAUUUACCUGUAAGAUGUGUUACAUAAGCUUUAAAUUUUGCUGCUACUGGCAGUGCAUGCACUGGAAUAGUGUUAUGUUAUUCAUGUAAAUGUAAUACUCACUUUAUGGAUGAUACAUGCUGCUAAAAGUUUGUUCAGAUAAUAAUUCAUAAAAUGCAUGAGAACAAACUUAUUUUCUUCCAGUGGAGUUAACUGCUGUAACAUUUUAUUAAAUUAAUUGGUUUAAUGUAUUUCAUCUUUUGGUAUAGCACGAUUUUAGUUACAUUAGUAUAUGUAAAUAAAGUGUGAUUGAUUUUUUCAGUGGAGUCACGGUCUUGGUUUGAGGUACAUAAUUGAGGUCAUUAAAGGAAUAGGUUAGGAACCACUGUACGAGAGGUAGAAAAAUCCACCUUUGAAAUAUACGCAGCCCUCCACUGGACAGGCACCUGCUCAGUAGCUCAACAGAGGAAGUGAUCUAUUUAGUGGACAAUGUGACAGGCCACACAAAUAUACAAAGCAAUAGAGUGGAAGAAAACAGUACCAUAAGACAAGAUUUUUAUCCGUUGAAGAAUUUGAAGUCUGCUGUUUGACGUAACAUGCCAAAGAUGACUCAGUUGCAUCAGAGAUUGUCCUUGCCUGUGAUAAAGAAGGUAGAAUUUAUGCACACAGUUCAUAGUGGAUCAGGAUUUAAAUAUGCAUUUACUCCUCAUUAGUAUUACCCUAUGAGGAUAUAGUUUCUAAGAAUCAAACUCUUUUAUAUAGUGUAAAGUGCAUGUUUUGUUCUGAAAUUACAUUUAUUGUAAAAAGUUUAAACGCAAAUUAGUGUUUAUUUAUGCUUAAACAUUAUGAAUCAUGUAAUUCUUACUUGCAGUGUUUGUCUUGCAAUUUAAGUUGCUUGUGUAUUUCUACGAAGGAGUUUCUUUGGGCAUAUUUUUAAUGUCUUUUUUAUAAGGGAACCAUUUGCUUAAGCUUUUUGUGCACACACCAGGCUGAUGGUUGUCUGCAGCACCUUAUAGUUACAUGCCUCCACACACACCUCACUCCUGCUCUCCAGUUUCACACUGACUACCAUAAACAUGAUCACCCACCAUAAUCAUCUCACAAGUACUUGAGAGGAUACUUCUGAGAGCUCUUAAUUUAUUUAAUAUAUUACCACCCCUCCCAUUUCCUACGAUGAUUGUAUAAUAUAUAAGAUAAGGUUUAUAAGACUAGCAUGUCAUGCACGGUAGCCAGUGAAUGGAUGUCUCAGUUGUUCUUUUCUCAUACAAAUUGCCAUUACAUAAUAUUUAUGUGGCUGUUUAAAAUCCACACGGAUGAAGUGAUUAGAAAGAGGGAAACCAGAAUGUUGGAGGGUUGGGCAAAGAUAAGAGAAUAUGAACAUUACAGAACACAGUAUGGAAUGUGAUGUAUCAUGAUGAUGCAGUCCUAUCAUGCACCCAACACCUCCACACAAAACAUAAAUUCAAUACAUUUCUUAGUCAGUAAGAGAUAAUGUACUUAUUGCAUUUUGUAAAGAGUACCUUAUUCCAGAAAGUUACCAAUAAUUUUAGUAUUCUUUUUCUUGGACAAAACAUUGAAUAAACAACAGAAUUAGGAUACGAAAAUUUGUUCAUAUUUAAUAUGACAACUUCAGCCCAGAGGCCAGGGCCAAAACAGCACUGCAUAUUUACCUACACCAUUGGUUAAAGACCUGAUUUGCAUUACAUUUUUCAAUCAGGGUGUGGAUGCUCUUCCCCAGUCAUUGUAAGGAAAGUAUUCUGGGUCUGGGUGUGCUUGGCAAGGCCCAUUGCUUGAAAUGUUUGGAACAGACACGUGAAAGUUUUGUUCCUCUCCGUCCCACAGCUCUUUUUACAUUCGUUUCGCAUGAUAUUCGUCUCCAUGGCUGUGUGUUCUGGGAUGGAAAUGUUGCCCUGUCCUUUAGCCUAUUCAUACAUAGGUAUCCCUCUAGUUUCUUCCAUGACCUUCUAUCCUGAUCCUGACCUUCUAUCUGAUUGAUAGUAUGGGUUCCGCAAGGGGCGUUCUACUGGUGAUCUCCUUGCCUACCUAACUGACUUGGUCAUCCUCUCUUAGCCGUUUCGGUGAAACCUUUGCUAUUGCACUGGACAUAUCAAAAGCCUUUGAUAGGGUCUGGCACAAAUCUUUGCUUUCCAAACUAUCCUCCCAUGGUUUCUAUCCUUCUCUCUGUACCUUUAUCUCCAGUUUCCUUUCUGACCGUUCUAUUUCUGCUGUGGUAGACGGUCAUUGUUCUUCCCCUAAACCUAUUAACAGUGGUGUCCCGCAGGGUUCUGUCCUAUCUCUCACUCUCUUUCUGUUGUUAAUUGAUGAUCUUUCCAAAACGAACUGUCCUAUCCAUUCUUACGCCAAUGACUCUACUCUGCAUUACUCAACUUCUUUUAAUAGAAGACCCACCCACCAGGAACUAAAUGAUUCCAGGCUGGAGGCAGCAGAGCUCUUAGCCUCAGACCUUACUAUCAUUUCCGAUUGGGGCAAGAAGAACUUGGUGUCCCUCAACGCCUCAAAAACACAGUUUCUCCACCUAUCCACUUGACACAGUGUUCCAAACAACUAUCCCCUAUUCUUUGACAACACUCAGCUAUCACCUUCUUCAACACUAAACAUCCUCGGUCUAUCCUUAACUCAAAAUCUCAACUGGAAACUUCAUAUCUCUUCUCUUACUAAAUCAGCUUCCUCGAGGCUGGGCGUUCUGUACCAUCUCUGCCAGUUCUUAUGCCCUGCACAGUUGCUAUCCAUUUACAGGGGCCUUGUCCGCCCUCGUAUAGAGUAUGCAUCUCGUGUGUUAGGGGGGUCCACUCACACAGCUCUCUUGGACAGAGUGGAGUCUAAGGCUCUUCGUCUCAUCAGCUCUCCUCCUCAUACUGAAAGUCUUCUACCUCUUAAAUUCCACCACCAUGUUGCCUCUCUUUCUAUCUUCUAUCGAUAUUUUCAUGCUGACUGCCCUUCUGAACUUGCUAACUGCAUGCCUCCCCUCCUCCCGCGGCCCCGCUGCACAGGACUUUCUACUCAUGCUCAUCCCUAUACAGUACCCUCUCGAGUUGUGCGGUUAGUCCUAAAUUCUUACCAUCCUGACUUUCGCGCAUUAUCACCCCGAGUUUCGCUCUGCUUUAACACGUACGGUUCACGUCUACUUACUAUCGGCGUCACGCAUGCUACCUUUAAAGGUAGUAUUACACUGGAUGUUUUCCUCCAAACAUUGUGGCUAUGGCAAGAGAGAGAGAGAGAGAGAGAGAGAGAGAGAGAGAGAGAGAGAGAGAGAGAACGGGAAGAGAGGACGGGUCAUUUUGAAGCCGCAGUUGAAGGUGGCUGCUGACAGUUCUGAAAACACACUUGUGAUUCGCUGGGUGUCCGAUGAUGUCAUCGCCAACGCUCACCCUAUCAGCGGCUUCACUGCCUUGAGGCGGUGUACGUCACAAUGGCCGUUUUCGUCCAACUGUUGGGGCUACGGGCAACGCCCGUACGCCCAACCGGGACCGAGUUCAUGGUUAUCCGUAAGCUGGUGUCACACAGGGCUUUUUUCUUCCCACCGAGUUGGCACCAUGUAGGACAACCGGCAAAUCCAACUUUUCCGGGUGUGCGUCACACACGGCCACAUCAACAACGUAAACAAAGCACUUGCCCAGUAGCCUAUCAACUUGGCAUCGUCUGCUAAAGUAAGGGCUGUUGCGGCUUGUGCUGCCAUUACCCAAGUUAUGGACUUGUUGUUGCAGUUAAAUGGAAGGAAGAAACAGUUGUGGGUGUGGCCAUUGUUCUCAUUGUCACCACUGCGCGUGUGCGGCUAACCCACCAUUCUUGACUCAGCCACUUAAACACACGGAUCGAAUAACAACACACACACACACACACACCAGACUCAUUAGGAACCAUUGCAGUUGUUUCUGACAAACUUGAGUGUGUUAGAAUGUAUUUGGUGAGUGGCUCACAUGAACCAAACCAGGCUCUUUGCAAGAAGAGAGCAGUCAUCUUUAACACUGCUCUCUUCUUGCCAUUGGGUAUGUUUGGUUUGUAUGAACCACUCACCAAAUAAGUUCUAACACACACUAGGAAAUGGUGAAGCCAUUUUUGUUUGUGAGAAACAUAUGCCAUGGUUCAUGAUGAGUCUGGUGUGUGUGUGUGUGUGUGUGUGUGUGUGUGUGUGUGUGUUGUUACUCGAUCCACGUGUUUAUGUGGUCGGAGUCGAGGUGGGUGGGUUGGCUGCUCAUGCGCAGUGGUGACAAUAAGAACUGGCACAGAAGAACCACAGACACGCCACACCCACAACAGCUUCUUCCUUCCAUUUAACUACAGCAACAAGUCCAUAACUUGGGUAAUGACAGCACAAACCGCGACAGCCCUUACUUUAGCAGACGACGCCAUGUCGAAACAGGGCAAGUGCUUUGUUUACGUUGUGGAUGUGGACACGGGCAACCGACCUUGGCCAUGUGUGACGCACACUUGGAAAAGUUGGAUUUGUGGGUUGCCCAAGCUGCCGCCAACGCGGUGGGAAGAAAAGGGCCCAGUAUGACAUCAGGUUACGGACAACCAACAACUCGCUCCCGGAUGGGCGCACGGGCGUUGCCAAUAGCCACAAUGGUUAGAGGAAAAUGGCCAGUGUGACAAUGUCCCAAGGCAGCGAGGCCACUGACCGGGUGAGCGCCGGCGAUGACAUCAUCGGACUCCCAGCGAAUCACAAGUGUGUUUGCAGAGCUCAGCCAAUCGUAAAGCUUCAUCUGUGGCUUUAAAACGACCUGUUCUCUCUUCCUGUUUUCUUCCUUUUUCCUGGGUACAUAUUUUGAGAUAACAAGGGAGUAUAGGAGGAAAAAAGUGAGCUCCGGGGGGCAGCAUGAGCCAAUUAUAAUGGCGCCACUAUAAACAGUGGCCUGCGCCAUGACGGGCUCAGGGUUAACCAUCAGGCCCAGAUGGAUAGUCUUCCAGCGCCAUA